CGGGCAGGCAGGGAGGGAAGGAGGGAGGCAGGGAGGGAGCGGCGCUCGCGCGCCUCGGGCCCGAGAGGAGACAGCGCGGUGCCGCGCCGGGCCGGCAGCAGGAAUCAUGACGACCUCAGGAAAAGAGAAUUUCCGGCUGAAGAGCUACAAGAACAAAUCUCUAAACCCUGAUGAGAUGCGUCGCAGGCGGGAGGAAGAGGGUCUGCAGCUACGGAAGCAAAAGAGAGAGGAGCAGUUGUUUAAACGCCGAAAUGUUGCAACGGCUGAGGAAGAAACGGAGGAGGAAGUGAUGUCAGAUGGGGGCUUCCAUGAGGCUCAGAUGAACAACAUGGAGAUGACUUCUAGUGCAGUCAUCACUGCUGAUAUGAUUGAGAUGAUUUUCUCCAAUAGUCCAGAGCAGCAGCUCUCAGCCACCCAGAAGUUCCGAAAGCUGCUUUCUAAAGAACCAAAUCCUCCAAUAGAUGAAGUCAUAAGCACACAAGGAGUCGUGGCCAGGUUUGUGGAGUUCCUGAAGCGGAAAGAAAACUGUACAUUACAGUUUGAAGCUGCAUGGGUGCUGACAAAUAUUGCCUCGGGAAAUUCCCUUCAGACUCGAAUAGUGAUCCAAGCAGGAGCUGUCCCCAUCUUCAUAGAACUGCUUAGUUCAGAGUUUGAAGAUGUACAGGAACAGGCAGUAUGGGCUCUUGGCAACAUUGCUGGAGACAGCACUAUGUGCAGAGACUAUGUUUUGGACUGUAAUAUCUUGCCCCCUUUAUUGCAAUUGCUUUCAAAACAGAAUCGUCUCACUAUGACCCGAAAUGCUGUAUGGGCUCUGUCCAACCUCUGCAGAGGGAAAAAUCCUCCUCCUGAUUUUGCCAAGGUUUCACCUUGUCUUAGUGUGCUUUCCUGGCUGCUCUUUGUCAAUGAUACAGAUGUAUUAGCUGAUGCCUGCUGGGCUUUGUCCUAUUUGUCUGAUGGCCCCAAUGAUAAAAUCCAGGCUGUGAUUGAUGCAGGAGUCUGCAGAAGACUUGUGGAACUGCUGAUGCAUAAUGACUACAAAGUUGUAUCUCCUGCCUUACGAGCUGUGGGAAACAUUGUUACAGGAGAUGAUAUCCAGACCCAGGUAAUUCUGAAUUGUUCAGCUCUGCAGAGUUUGCUGCACUUGCUAAGCAGCCCAAAAGAAUCUAUCAAAAAGGAAGCAUGCUGGACAAUAUCUAAUAUAACAGCUGGAAACAAAGCCCAGAUCCAGACAGUCAUAGAUGCCCAUAUCUUCCCAGCUCUUAUAAAUAUUUUGCAAACGGCCGAGUUUCGGACAAGGAAGGAAGCUGCUUGGGCCAUCACAAACGCAACAUCGGGAGGCUCUGCUGAACAGAUCAAGUACUUAGUAGAACUGGGAUGCAUCAAACCACUCUGUGACCUCCUGACAGUAAUGGACUCCAAGAUUGUGCAAGUAGCUCUGAAUGGGCUGGAGAACAUCCUGAGGCUUGGAGAGCAGGAGUCCAAACGCAGCGGCAGUGGCAUUAAUCCUUACUGCGCUCUUAUUGAAGAAGCGUAUGGCCUGGACAAGAUUGAAUUCCUGCAGAGCCAUGAGAAUCAAGAGAUUUAUCAGAAGGCCUUUGAUCUGAUUGAGCACUACUUUGGAACAGAAGAUGAAGACAGCAGCAUUGCCCCACAAGUGGAUAUCAACCAGCAACAAUACAUCUUCCAGCAGUGUGAGGCUCCCAUGGAAGGCUUCCAGCUUUGAGGUGCCCCUGUGCUGUGUGCUCCUCUACCUAGCCAAUCCUGUUGUCGAGCCACAAGCCACCCGUGGAGUGAUUCUCUCAAUGUUUUCCAUAACCCUGUUUGCGCUCAUUCGCUUGCCUUGUGCACAUGCUCUUACAUACGUCUGGAAAACUUUUGGCUCUCCGUGGCAGGAUGUCCCCUCCUUGGCAAGGGGUCGCCAGAAUCACCCUUCUCCUCUAGAUUCUGAAUCUCUCCACUGUCAUCUUCGUGGAGUUGAGGCACCUUUCUAUACUUUGAGAUAUUCCCUGUUCCUAUUACAGGAAAGUAAUCCCUCCUCCACUUGGCCCCCCACUCCUGGCAUCCAAGAGAAGGCUCCCUUUCUCUUGUAUUUGCUGCAGAGUGUGCCUGCAGUCCAGGGAGACAUUCAGCCUUUCUGAGAACGUAGCUGAAUUCAUCCUUCAUGUUCUCCCCUGGAUGCCUCUUUGGACGGCUGUGAGAGAUGCGUUAAACCUUCACAUGCGUCCUACCUACCUUGCUGUAUGUGCCAGCUGGGGUUAUUGGCAUGAGGAACAUGUUACAAACAAUGGAGUAAGUUCUCUGGCCCCUGCAACAACAGGCUGCAAUGGACAUGUUUUGUGGUUCUUAGGAAUACUGAACACAUCCGGCCCCAUCCCGUCUCAACACUGAGCUCCCAAGUUGGAUUGCAGACCACUGUGGAGAUUUGUAUACCUUUCCAGUUUUUCCUCUCCAUCCACGAAAAGAGAACCUGUGAAUAGGUUACUCUUAACACCUCCCCAGAAAUGACUUUCCAAAACAGCUUCUAGAAUGGAGAAACUGCCCCCACUUCUGCUUGCCAGCACAGUAUGAUUCAGCCGGGCCUUCCUUAAAGAUCAAACCUUUUCUGGCUCCAUGCUCCAGAGUCUGGUCCCUGGUAUUCUAGUUAUGGCUGAAAAGUUCCUGUCUGCCUCUUUACAUUUUUACACAGCGUGACUUGAACAGAUUUGUCUUCUGAAAAGUUAACUUCUGAAUACAGAAUUCUUAAUUUGUAAAACUUGGCACAAGGAGUGUUAGAUCUCCUUUUCAUUUUCACGAGACAAGAGCUUCCUCUCCAGCUCACCUGAUGGAAUAUAGUCCUCCUGGCCAAGGCCCUUAUUUAACUAAAAUGACACUACAUUCACAGGAUAGUACUAUUACAUCUGGAUCCACCUGGCCUUCUCAUUUCACUUUUCCCUUUUGCUGUUGAUGAGACUUCAGGUGAAUUAGCAUGGAACGCAUGGUUCCUUCAGGUGACAUCUGUAAGGCAUCGUUGACUGUAUGGCAGCUGCCACACGCAGCUGGAGACUGCCCUUCUGCUAGCAGCAUGUUCUAGGCUCUGCAACCUGCUUGGAUCACAGGGCUCUGAUGCAAAGGCCAGCCACUCCUCACUGAGUUCAGCUGACACUGGCACCAAACUUGACACAUCUGGGGAGAUGCCGCCUGAUUGAAAGUGGCAGUUCCAUUUCGCAGAAUGCAAUGGAUUCCCUAGGCCGUCUGCUCCCCCCUGCAUCGGGCUAUGUUCUUUCAAGCCAUUUUGGAUGCUUGGAACACACAUUUGUCCAGUGUAAACAUUUCAAAAUCGCCACUGGCAACUGCAGUGUCACGUACCUGUGGUAAAUGUUUGUGGCAGAACUGUCUUCAAGAUCCUCAUGGCUCCUCUCAGUGAUAAGCCACUGCAAAAGCAAAACCAGCCCAUUGGAUACAGAGUUAUAAAAACACAUAAGUCACUUGUCAUGCUGCUGAAAGAAGCUAGGCAAAGGCCUGAACAUCAGCUCUGUGUGACCAUUAUUUAAAUAAAGUCUUCUGUCUCUGCUUCAGGAUAGAGACUCUGACCUGUGUGGCCACUGCAGAAGCCACCUGCUGCCUCCCUAGCUAAGCCAGCUGGCAUCCACUUCCCCUCCUCCCAGUUAUUUUCUCUAGUGCUGCUUUGUGCUGAAGGAACAUUUAGUUUACUGCACUUGAUCUGUAAAUGGACUUCAAUUCUUUGUAAUUUUAGGGGGUUAAAUUUGGUGGUUAAUUUAAAAAAAGCAAAAAAAACCCCUCAAUGUUGCCUUUACAUCACAUAUAAAUAACUGUGUUUCUCUUUCCUUGAAGGGUGAUAGAAGCACUGAUUAGUAGCAAAAUCUUGUUUUAGCUUUUGGAUUUUUUUGUGCUGGAUUUUUUUACGUGUAAAUUUCCAAUAACAUGUCAUUUCUAUAAGAUUUGUUUAAAACCAUGUACCUCUUAUUGGAUGGUAUAAAAAUGCUACAUAUUUUGUAAACAAAUCUGAGCAAAGUGUGUGUGCAUAUAUUCUGUAUAUUCAUAUAUGUAUAUUCUGUGUAUAUAUACACUAGCGUGUAUAUAUACAUAUAUACACACACACAUAUAUAUACACACACGCAUAAAGUGUGUGUAUAUAUAUACAUACCUAUAUAUCUAUAUAUAUUAGUGUUUUCUCUUCCAGGCUAGUGAAAACAAUGUGGUGCAUUGGCGUUUCCCUCCCCUGCCCCCCAAGAAAGUAAUGACAAUUGCCUCUAAAUGAGUGAAUUAAAAAAGAGUCCAUUUAA